AUGUGGGCGAGAGUUGCAGAGGAGAUGGCGAUGCCAUGGAGAGCCGUCGAAGCAAUGCACUGGCAGAUGGGUGAACAUGAGAUGGCGAAGCGGGCCGGUGUGGUUCCAUUUUCCUUGACCAACGCCAAUAGCGGGAUCGAGCCUUCAUCUCUACCUCCAAGACCACCACUCCGACAUGGCGGACCUCCAGCGCGCCCCUUACGACGAGACUCGAUGCCUUCAGAGACGGGUUUACAGGGCCCUCAGCAACUCCCUUCUCUGGCAGAGCUCACGGCGGGACUGCCUGCGUUUUCAGCACCACCUUACCACGCCCCAGACCCUUACCAUCCUCAUCUGUACAACCACCCAAGAGGCCGCCAUGCUCCUUUUCGCUGA